GAAGAAGAUUCUUUCUAAUCUCUCUUUUUGUCAAGUCUUCUCAGUUAUAAAGAUCACAGAAGCCACCAUUAAUGCUGUCUCACCUCUCUGUCUUUAAUGUCCUUAUCACCUUCUUCUCUUAGCUUUCCAGUCUAUGUGUUAAUCCGACAACCAAACAUUCUCUCUCAUCCACGGUUCCUCCAUUUGUCCUCACUUCCUUAACCUCUCUGAGUUAAGUUCAUUGUCUCCAGAGUCUUUGCAGACAUUGUGUGUGUGAUGUGUCUCCAAAUCUGCUUCUCCUUCUAGGGUUUUGUCUCCUUUAUGCUAACUCAUCAUGGCUCAUUCAAAGGUCUUACCUUUACUCCUUCUCUCAUGUGCCCUGUUCUUACAAAACACCCACCAGCUUCAAAACUCUCAGACCCAAGUCCUCUACCAGCUCAGAAAACAUCUAGAAUCCCCCAAAGCUCUCGAAUCUUGGGGAAGCUACUACGGAGACUUAUGCCAAAUCCCUCCAACUCCCCACAUGAGCAUCUCCUGCGAAGGCAACUCCGUCACAGAGCUUAAAGUCAUGGGAGACAAGCUUUCAAAACCAGCUGGUAUUAUGUUCCAUGGAUCUCCCCUCCCGAACCGCACUCUCUCCAAAGCCUUCUUGAUAGAUUCCUUCGCCACGACGCUGACGAGGCUCACGAGCUUGAAGUCUCUCACCUUAGUCUCUCUAGGCAUCUUUGGUGAGCUCCCAGGGAAGAUCCAUCGCUUGUGUUGGCUCGAGUCCUUGGAUUUGAGCUCGAAUUACCUCUUUGGUUCCGUCCCUCCUGAUGUUUCAAGAUUGGUUAGGCUUCAGAGUCUGAUCCUUGAUGGAAACUACUUAAACGGCAGCGUUCCCGAGGCGUUGAACUCGCUGAGUAAUCUCACUGUUCUUGCUCUGUCCCACAAUGAGAUCUCUGGUGAGUUGCCUGAUCUUAGUAAGUUAGAUCAUCUCCAUAUGCUGGAUCUAAGAGAGAACCGGUUUGAUUCUGAGCUACCUCUGCUGCCUAAGAGUUUGGUUACUGUUCUACUGAGCAAGAACUCAUUCUCUGGCGAAGUUUCCAGAUGUUUUGACGGUUUGUCUCAGCUUCAGCAUCUUGACUUGUCGUUUAAUCAACUCACUGGAGCUCCAUCUCGGUUCUUGUUCUCAUUGGCUAACAUUAGUUACUUAGACUUGGCGUCUAACAAGCUGAGCGGGAAGCUACCGGUUGAUCUGACAUGUGGAGGCAAACUUGGGUUCGUGGAUUUGUCUAAUAACAGAUUGGUUGGGACGAUUCCUGGUUGCUUGGGAGGGUCUUCUGGUGAGAGAGUUGUUAAGCUCGGUGGGAACUGUUUGUCUAUAAAUGGAGUUCAUGAGCAGCAUCAGGAACUGUUAUGUGAAGAGGCUGAAGCUAAGAGGAAAGGGUUCCAAAGUAGAAAGAUUGGGACUUUAGUUGCUGUGGUUAGUGGAGCUGUUCUAGUUCUUGUUUUGUUUGCGUUUGGACUACUCAUGUUAUGCACAAAGCGCCGCUCGUGUUGUUGUUCAAAAGACAAGUCAGUGCCUCAAGCUAGGCUUAAGGCUGUGACUGAUAAUAAUACACAGACCAGUCUCUCUUCUCAAGUUCUUGCUAGUGCAAGGUUAAUCUCUCAAACAGCAAAGCUAGCUGCACAAGGUGUGCCCUCAUGCAGGUCGUUUUCUUUUGAAGAGUUAAAGGAAGCCACAGAUGAUUUCGAUUCAUCACGUUUCUUAGGUGAAGGCUCCCUUGGAAAGCUAUACAGAGGAACGUUAGAAAAUGGAAGUUCCGUAGCUAUAAGAUGUAUGGUCUUAUCAAAAAAGUUCUCUAGCCAAAGUAUCAGAAGUCACUUAGACUGGAUGUCUAAGCUCAACCAUCCUCAUCUCCUUGGCUUCUUAGGCCAUCAUUGCACUCAAACCAACGGAGAAUACGAGCCUGCAGCGACCGUACUCUACCUUGUAUACGAGUACAUGCCCAAGGGGACUUACCGUGCACAUCUAUCAGAGUCUUGUCCGGAGAAGAUCCUAACGUGGCCAGAUAGACUAGCGAUUCUGAUAGAGAUAGCAAAGGCAGUUCAUUUUCUUCACACCGGUGUUAUGCCUGGCUCCUUCAACAAUCAGCUGAAGACGAAUAACAUUUUGUUGGAUGGACACAAGAUUGCUAAGCUUAGUGAUUAUGGAGUAUCUGCCAUCACUGAAGAGAACGAAAAGCUUGAGGUUUGCUCUUUUUAUCUUAAGUUUGUAUUCUUUUCUUUGAUACUAAUAAGUCAGGACUCAACUUUGCAGAUAAAGUCAGAAGGACAUAAGUCAAAGUACAACGUGGCUAAACGAGAGGAUGAUGUGUACAACUUUGGAUUCGUACUUCUGGAAUCUCUCGUAGGACCGUUGCCCACUACAAAAGGAGAGGCCUUUCUUCUCAACGAAAUGACGUCAUUUGGGAGCCAAGACGGUAGACAGAAGAUAGUGAAUCCAACGGUGCUAACAACUAGUUCGCAGGAGUCUUUAGCUAUUGCCAUCUCAAUAGCCAACAAGUGCGUUUUGCUUGAACCUUCGGCAAGACCUUCCUUUGAAGAUGUUCUAUGGAACUUGCAGUACGCAGCUCAAAUGCAGUCUGCCGCUGACGCUGAACGCAAAUCUGACACGUCCUUGUGAAUCUGAUUGAUAAGUUUUUAGUUUUCAGUCUUCAAAGUUGUAAAGUUUUAUAAGUUUGGUUUAUCAUUGAAAAAGUAAGUUUUCGCGAGUAAAAAAAAAUCAUAUUGAGUUUGUAGUAGGUGGAGAGAACUUCUCAGUUCUCAAUCUUCGAAAACAAGGUAAAACUCAUGUAGGAGAAAAUGUCUAAUUAUGUACCAUAACUAUUAUAGUUUCCAUAUUAUCAAAUGUUAAUUGGUUACAAGUAA